AAUCUAAGAAAGUUCUAACUGAAGCUAACAAUAGUGAAGAGGACGAAGAUGAUAGUAAAGAAAUCCCUCUAAUUACCUACUACAAAGCGAUAAAUGCUGUUAAAGUGCUGGAACAAUACCUUAUGCAACAAGAUCUAAGUGAUACAGCACAGUUAAAUCAUGAUCAAUUAUUACUAAAUUUGUAA